AUGGCAGCUGGUUUAGCUCAGGAUGCUUUGGGAGAAGAAUUGACAUGUGCGAUUUGUUUGGAGAUCUAUACGGACCCCGUCGUUCUCGACUGCAAGCACAACUUCUGCUGCACCUGUAUCGAAGAGACUUGGUCAGCUACGGUCAGUUACUCGUGUCCGGAAUGCAGGACAGAAUACAGUGAGAAGCCGGCGCUGGAACGGAAUUUAAAGCUGGCGAACAUUGUUCAAAGAUACCUGGCUCUGGGGGUCUCCCAGAACGCAAUUCUGUGUAACUACUGCACCCAGAAGACACGGUCAGCCGUCAAAACCUGUCUCAAGUGCGAAGCCUCGAUGUGUGCUGUGCACCUCAGGCACCACACCGAGAGCGCCGUCUUCAAAAACCACCUCCUGAUCGAACCUACUGCAGACGUAUCCCGGUGGAAAUGCACGGAGCACCAGGAGCUGCUGAAGAUUUACUGUAAAGAUGAUCAAGUGUGUGUCUGCACCCUCUGUACCUUAAUUGGGAAACACAAGGAUCACCGUUGCGAGAGCAUCAGCGAAGGAGAGAAGGAGCUGAGGAAUCAUUUGCAACAUCAGCUUCAGAAGAUCCGAAAUAACGUUGAAACUGUUCAAUUAGCUCUGAGUGAUCUUCACAAAGAGAAGAGCAAUGCACAGAGUGUGAAAAGAAAUGUGCAAAUGAAAAUUAAAGCAAAAUACGAGACACUAAGGAAGCACAUUGAUAAGGAGGAGAGAAGAGUUCUGCGAUUCCUGGAAAUUGAGCAAACCCGGAUGGUCACCGAGAUUGAUGGCAAGAUCAGUGAACUUGAAAGGAAAGUGAGAGACUUUGAAAGGUCCUUUUCUGAUCUCAGUGAACUUCUGAAGCACAAUGGGGAACUUUCAUUUAUUCAGCAGCUUAAUUCAAUGGCAGACAGAAUGAAGGAAGCAUCUGAACCUUUCAUGGCACUGACCCCCACCUCAGAUCUGGGUAAAACCCUUGUGGAAAGGCUGGCAGAGUGGGUCCAAAGGCAGUACGUGGCAGCACCCACACCAACCCUGGACAGUAACUUCCUGGUCAGUAUGUAUGGACAGACGCCAAGCCUGGACCCUCGCACAGCAUUUCCGCAUCUAAUCCUGUCUGAUGGUAACCGGUCUGUGUCGGGUUCCAAACACCGGCAGCCUUACCCUGAUAGCCCCAAGAGGUUCAACUACUGGUGGCAGGUUGUAUGCACGGAGAGAGUGAGCACCGGCCGCUGUUACUGGGAGGUGGAGGUGGGUGGAGAGCGCCGCCGCUGGGAUAUCGGUGUAUGUUACGAGAGCCUGAGACGGAAGGGUGAGGGUAAAGAAUGUUCCCUGGGACAAAACAAGGAGUCAUGGUGCCUAUACUCUGAGCCUGGCAGUCUCGCAGCCUUGCAUGAUGAUAAUGUUACCACGCUGACUGUUCAGAUGCCCAGCAGGGUGGGUGUGUAUGUGGACUUUGAAGGUGGAAUGAUUUCCUUUUACAGUGUGGUGGACAAGAAAUUAGUGCCUUUACACACCUUUCGACAACAACUGUUCACUAAACCCCUCCACCCAGCACUGGGAGUGGCUGAUUUCACCACAUCCUUGUCUCUAUGCAUUCUCAAGUGAUAAGUUCAGUACUGAUUAU